UAAUGUACUUCCGUGUUGCGUUGUGUUGUUUGUGUGUUUAAUUUUUUUUUCAUACCUGAAUACGACUUACGGAUAGGCAGCUGUAAAACGUAUUUGAUGUAUGUAUAGGAAUGUUGUAAGGUUCAACUAGACACGUUAUCAACAUGAUUUUCUGUGUUCUAACACUUGGUGUUUUACGUUUAACUUUGAUAGAAGCAGUGUGUGACUACGGUUGGUUCGGGCCUAACUGUGAGUACAUGUGCCGCUGUGAGAGGAAGAUGUGUGAUGGUGGUGGAGUGUGUAGAGAUGGAGCACGGUGUCAGAAGGGCUGGUUCGGACCGUCUUGUCAGUACUGGAAUUUGAUAAACAUGAAUAUUACUGGCAUUGAACCUACCACAGAAGCAACAGACGAACAAGAGGACACAUGUACGUUUGUACAAAAUCUAAAAAUAUCUUGGAAAUCUGCAAGGUUUGAGAUAUCAUGGAUCAGGUUGAUUGUUCGGGAUAAAGUAAACACCACCGAGCCUGAAGUGCGACUCAACGGGUCAGCCACUAAGUGUCCAGACCAGACCGUCUCCCACUAUGACAGGAAGACAAUAGACGUGUACUGUAACGCUAGUUCGCUCGUCCACACCAUUCACAUCUAUGUGCCUGGACUCAACGUCUGCAGUGUCUACAUCAGCGGCGGUCGCAAUGUGGCGCUCAGGCAAGCCACGAAUGAGUCUAGUCGACCCUUCAAUUCAAAACUGGCAGUUGACGGCAACAGGAACGGUAACUACAACAGUGGAUCCUGCACACAUUCGGACUCGGAUCAUAAGAACCCUACAUGGGAGGUCAGAUUAACCUCCCCUCAGUCAAUCAACAGAUUCGUUCUGUACAACAGAAAGGGUAAGUAUAGAAACAUCAGCAGCUGA